GAAAAAAAAAAAAAAAAAACCCCUGCCUAACGCACAAAGGAUACGUGUCAUCAGAUUAAGAGCUGAAACUUGCAAUCCACCUCCGUCUGGACCGUCUCGGCCCAUCACCUCCUGUCUCCUCCUUCCUUCAUCUUUUGAAGACAUAACCGCUAAUGUUAGCUUCUUCCAGGUCCCUCUUCAGAGUGGAUCGGUUUCUGAAAUUUACAACUGCAUAUGAUGCACUGAAGCCAGUGAAUUGCUUCCUAGGACACUGUGAUUAUCGCAGUUUGAGUUACAAUAUCGAAAUGAGUGGUAGAAAAGACAAGCAAACUGUUGGGGACCGUAACAAAAAGCUCAGAACAACUAAUGCUGUGUGGAGACCAGUCAGUACUCAAGCUAGUUCCAAUGAAGAAUGCUCUGUAAAGGAGGUCACAGAAAAGCUGGAAUCUGGAACUCAAGUGCAAGAAGUGCACGAAUGCACUUCUAUGAGAAUUUCAAGUUUGGAGAAUGUCAUAGAGGUGGCUGCAACUAACCUCGCUGCUUGUUCCAGUGCAUCACAAGAUAAUGGAGAAGAUAAAGUCUUUGGAGGAGAGCAAGUGGUUUCUACUGAAAAGCAUUCAAUUUCAGUUGAGGUUGGUGCUUCUUUGUUUCGCUUUGUUAGAGGAAAAGGGGGAUUGACACAGAAACAGAUUGAGGACGAGAUGGGAGUUAAGAUUAGAAUCCCUUUGUCAAAGGAGGAGGAUUCACUAACAAUUGAAGGCGACUCAGUUGAAAGUAUAUCUAGAGCUUCUGAGAAGAUAAAAUCUAUAGUUGACCAGGCAGUUAAAAGCUCAAAUCUCGAUUACUCUCACUUCAUUUCACUUCCAUUGGCAAUACAUCCUGAAUUAGUUGAUAAGCUCGUCAACUUUCAGAACUCAAUCCUGGGAAUUAGUGAUUCUGGUGUAGAUGAUAAUCUGGAUGGUAAUUCAAAUGAAGAGAACUCUGAGAGUGAAGGUGAAGACCAAAAUUUAGAGAAAAGACCCGAUGUCGCAGUUGAACUUAAAGUUGAAGGUGACCAUCAACAUGUUAAAGUGAAUCUAACCAACAUACCUCUUGUCAGUUAUGCGCUUAAAUCAUCAAAGGCGGCUACCCUACCUGACUUGGGGAUUGAAAAGUCAAUAUUCAUUAAACCAAAAACUUUUCACUUAACUGUGCUUAUGCUGAAGUUGUGGAACAAGGACCGAGUUCAUGCUGCUGCUGAGGUUUUGCAGAGAAUCUCUUCAAAAGUGAUUGAAGCCUUAGAUAAUCGCCCUGUCUCCAUAAGACUGAAGGGACUGAAUUGUAUGAGAGGUUCUUUGGCCAAAGCUGGUGUUGUCUAUGCUCCAGUUGAAGAAAUUGGCACUGAGGGACGACUUCUGCGUGCCUGUCAAGUCAUCAUCGAUGCAUAUAUUGAAGCCGGGCUUGUUUUGGAGAAAGAUGCUAAUCAGAAAUUGAAGUUGCAUGCAACCGUGAUGAAUACAAGGCACAGGAAAAGGAAGAAAGGAACGAGAAAGGUUAAUUCCUUUGAUGCGCGUGGUAUUUUCAAGCAAUAUGGAUCGGAGGAAUGGGGAGAGUAUCUUAUCCGCGAAGCUCAUCUUUCACAGAGGUUUGUGUUUGAUGACAAAGGAUAUUACCGUUGUUGUGCUUCUAUACCUUUUCCUGAAAUAUGCAAGUAGACCGCUUCACUGACACUCAAAAUGUUUGUUAUCUUCUCUCUCGAGUAGGAAACAAUCUGUAACAUAGGAAUUACGUUUCAGAAUAAAUUCGAUCUUGAUUUACUA